GUUCCCCACACGUUUUCUCAACCGUCCGGGUCCGUGGUUCGUAGCAGCCGUAGCCGUGGAUACUACUACUCUCUACCUGCUCCGCUUUGCUCCCGUCAGAUCGACGUCUCUGCCACUUGCCCUCGCAGACUUUGGUCGCUGAGCACGCACACUGCCCGCCCUGCCUCGUGCCCCGUGAAACGAGGCCAUAUUGAUCGGCAGUGGAGACGGAUUGGGAUAGGAGUGGAGACACUACCACACUAGAAACACGUUCGAUCUCGGGCCGCGACUUUCUUCUUCUCGUGGCCAACACUCCGCCCUACUCCUCUCGCCCCCUUUUUUUCGAUCCAUCGAAGACGACGUGGGCAGGGUUCAAGAACGUCCCCCUCUCCCUCUCUUCCUCCUCUCUGUAGCGUGAAGGAAGAGACGAGAUGACUUCUAAAGUUCCAAAGGGCGACUUGUAUGCGCGCGAGCUCGAUGGCGCCCGUCUCCGCGGUGACUGGGACGCGGAUGUGGCCACGCGCAACGGGCCAAAGGCCGGUGCUACCCUGCCUUGGUCCGAGCUGAUCCGCAAGUACAUGAAGCACAACCCCAACCAGACGACGACGCCCAGCGUGGCUCACGUCGAGCAGCAGAUCCGCUCCAACCUGACCAGCUUCUUCAAGCAGGAAGACUACUCGGACGCUUCCCACGACGAGGACUCGGCACAGGGCCAGACAGUCUUUGCGCCCGUGCUGCCCAGCAACCAGUACGGCCAGGGCUGGUCCGGCGACAAUGUCAGCCAGGCCAUUGCCAAGCUGGCCGAGCUCCGCUCCUCUUCCUCGUCCUCGUCCACUUCCGAGGGAGCACAGGAGGAGAAGCAGUCCAUGGCAGCCAUCCAAGCCCACGGCUUGUUUGUGCUUGGAAAGGACGAGGAGGCCGUCGAGCUGCUCCACGAGGUCAAGUUCCUCGACGAAGUGGACCUCACCAAGCUCCGGGCCGGCGAUUCCGAUGAGACGAAGCAGUACACGCCUGCGCUCUUCAUCAUGGGCUACGUCAUCUACGGCAUGGCAAACGAGCGGCUGCUCCUGGCUCGCAACGACGAAGGCUACAUUCCCUUUGCCUAUGCCGGCUAUGCGCGGGCCAUCGACCUGCAUGAAGCCCUGAGAGGCGGCAAAAAGGCAAACGCUCUCCGAGGUCUGCCCGCCGACGAGAUUGAGCGAUGGGCCGAGACGGCCCUCUAUCGCAACGCCCUCUUCAGCGUCCGCCACGGUGAUCUGCCCCUCGCCCUCAACGCGCUCCGGGCGUACCAGGCCCACGCCGGACGUUGGCCCACUUCUUUCCGCCAACCGCAGCGCAACGUCAUCUACCGAACCUACCUGGCCGUGCUCAACCGCGCCGUCGAGACGGGUGGCUACGUGGCCCCGUCUCAGCCCCAGGCCGCUCUGACGAACCAGGACUGCCGGACAGCCGCCUACCAGCGAGCCGUCGUGGCUGCUGCUGCCUCGCGCGUGGAGAUCAGAGACUUUGAGACGGAGCGCGCCCCUCGUCACGGCCAGGCCAGACGCAUGGUCGGCGUCGACGCAAGGGGCAUCACCUCGCGCACCACCUCCAAGCGGCGUCCUGCUCCGUACAGGGUCCUGCGUCCCUCUUCGGCCUCGUGGUCCAACGAGCUGCUGGCAGUCCAGAAGGCGGCCGCCGACUCUAUCAACCGUUCCACCUCGUUUCCCCGCGCGGGCCGGGUCAAUACCCAGGCCCUCGAUCUCGCCGACGAGCUCGUCCGCGGUUGGCGUCUCAACGGCGAGCAGGGAGGCGACUAUGCAGACGAGGUCAUCGAGAUCCUCUACGCCCUCAGCCGCGUCACUUUCCACUCGCAGCGCAUCUCCCGACACCUCUUUGUCCUUCUUUCAGCUGCGGAAAACUACGAUGAGGCCAGAAGGGCGCUGGACCUCUAUGUCAAGCUCGUCGAAAAGGCACGCGAGGCCGAUGCCGCCGACGCCGCCGGCCUCGUUGAGGAAAGCAGGCUUCGCGAAAAGGACGAGGGAAAUGAGGUCAACGGCAACGGGCACGACGCCGAGGAAAAGCAGGCCAACGGGAAGCCGGAAAGGGAAGCGCUGUCCAAAGAGGCCAAGGAGCAAGCGCAAAAGGUGCACAUCGACUCGGACGAUGAUGUCACGUACGUCAACACCCUUCUCUACGGCGUCCACGUCCUCGUCAAGUACGUCAAGGAUGCUCGAGCCGCCGACGUCAUGGCUCGCAAGGCCGUUGAGUUUCUCGAGCACGGGCAGCGCAAGCACAGCAUUGCGUCGGACAACUUUGUCGUGGCCCGAGUCAAGCGGAUGGCGGGCAUCGCCAGAGCGGCCUUUUGCGACAGCGAGUCGGACCCCCUCAAGCGGCCAAAGUUUCAAGGCGAGGCCUUGGCGCUCCUCAAGCAGUCGGCCACGCUGGAUGCUGAAGCGUCCGAGACGCACCUUCACCUCGCUCGUCUGCAGGCCGAGAUGCGUGACGUGACGGAAGCCACUCGCUCAGCCAGACGCGCCGUUGAACUCGAGCCGGCAGACAUCCAGGCUUGGCACCUCCUCUCGUUGCUCGUCUCGGCGCAAAAGGACCUCAAGGGUGCCCUUCGCGUGGCGGAAGAGGGGCUUGCCGAAGCCGAAGACGACGAUGAGGCUGACCAGCUGGCCGCACUCAAGGGGCUGGGAAGUGCGGACUCGCCGAGCAGCGGAGGUGCUGCGGCGCCCAUUGUCAAUGGUGUCAUUCCUGCUUCCAAGCCGUCGACGUCGGUCGCUCGUACCGCCUUGCUCAGUGUCGACUUCCCGCCUCGGUACAGUGAACGGGCCGAGGCCACGCUGCGGCUGAUGAUGACCCACAACGCUCUCGAAGAGGUUGUCGAGGGUAGUGACGCGGCCAUCGAAGGCCAGCGAGAGAUCUUUGAAUUCUUUCACAAGCGCGUCGCCACCGCCUCGGCCCAGACCGUCUCGCAGAGGAGCGGGAUUCCCACAUCGACGAGCCAGACUUCCAGGUUGAACAAUGCUCAGCCCAAUGGUUCGACAGUGCUUUCCAAGGCCAACACAGUGCCCGUUCAAUUCGACUCUCCGACAGGCCUCGGGCAGAGCGGAGCGGCGAAGCUGAGCAAGGUUCAGAGACUCAAUCACUUUAAGCUCCACCAGAAUGCCAAUUCGUCGUCGCUUGGUUCUUCGGCGCCCGCUCUCUCUGGUGCCAGGCAACAGCAGGGCGAAGGCGGCCUUGCCGACUCGGAAGAUACCGCUACGUUGUCAAGCAUUCGCAAGGCUCUGCACCUCAGCAACGAAAUUACGCUUCUCUCCAGUCUCUGGCUCAUGGCGGCUGCCAGCUUCCGCCGGGCAGGCAAAGCCGACGAGUGCCGAGUGGCCAUUCAGGAGGCCGAACGUGUCGAUCCUGCCAAGGCCGACGUGUGGCUCCAGCUUGCUCUCUGGUUCGAGAGCUGUGCGGGUGCAAAGGCGAAGGGAGACGACCACGAAGGAUACAACCUUGCCAUCAACUCACUCUACAAGGCCUUGGCAUGCCAGGAGGACCACGUCAGCGCUGCCGUCCACCUCGCCAGGUUGUUCCUUGACCAUGGCGAGAGUGCGUCAGCCGUCAAGCGUCUCGUCGACCACGCCGCCGCACAGCAGGAGCCGGCCCACGGCAUCGAUGAUGUCCGCUACGGCGUCUCGAAGCUGGCCGCCCAGGUCUUCCACAACAGCCACUCGCGCACCUUUUUCUCUUCAACGUCGACAGAGGCUGACAAGACGCAGACACUGUCCGAGGGCGACGCUGUAAAGAACUCGCGCACGCCCGGUGCCUCGACUGCGUCGGCGUUUGCGUCGUCUGCCGAGGCACGCGCGAGCUCCAAGCGCGUCCAACUCGCCUCGCUUGCGCUGGCCGAAGGUCUGCUGGCGACAGUGACUGCGACGAAGGGGUGGGCAUGCCCCGAAGCAUGGUAUCUCCUCGGCCGUGUCGCGCGCGAUGGAGGCCGACCAGAGAGGCAGAGAGAGUGCCUCGUCUACGCCCUUGGUCUCGAAAAGAAACGGAGUAUCCGUGACUAUGCCUGUGUUUUCUAAGUCUAUAGAGUGCUUUCGUUUCCCCCCCUCCCCUCAUUCUCCCUUUUCGCCGAUCUUGCAUGAUCAUGCGUCUCUUUCACCCCUUCUCUCUUACCCUCUCUUGCCGUUUCUCAUCUUCUAUUGAAGUAGGCGCUCUCCUCUUCUUUUGCUUUCACUUGGUGAGCCUCCUCUCCUAUCGUUCAACGAGAGCCUGAUGUGUUGUCCUCCUCGAAGAAAACCUGAAAUGGAAAGCAAUACCCUGAAAUUCUUG